ACCCAAGGGGCCGCUCACCCUCUCUGCUUUGUGUCCCCAGAGACAGGUCAGGCACCCGUUUGUCCACGGCCUUGGGGACAGCUGGCAGGGCCAGCGCCACCUCUUCAUCAUGUGCACCUACUGCAGCACUGGGGACCUUCAUGCACUGUGGCGUGCCGCUGGGCGCUUCGCCGAGGCCACCGUCCGCCUGUUUGCUGCCGAGCUGGUGCUGGUGCUGGUGUACCUCCACGACUUGGGCAUCGUGCACAGAGAUGUGAAGAUGGAGAACAUCCUCCUGGAUGAGAGAGGGCACCUCAAGCUCACUGACUUUGGCCUUUCCCGACACCUGCGCUGUGGUGAGCGGGCGCACACCAUCUGUGGCACUCUGCAGUACAUGGCUCCAGAGGUGCUGAGUGGGGGUCCCUACAGCCACACGGCCGACUGGUGGUCCCUGGGUGUCCUGCUCUUUGCCCUGGCCAGCGGGGAGUUUCCAGUGCCGCCAGCGAGGGACCACGUGGCCAUGCUGGAGCGUGUCAAAGAGUGCAGCUACGUGAGCCCCCCCUCGCUCAGUCCCGCGCUGGGCCGGCUGCUGGCCGAGCUGCUGUGCCACAAUCCUCUUCGCCGCCUGCGCUACCUCCACCACUUCCAGGGCCACCCUUUUUUCCGGGGCCUGGCCUUCGACGCCGAGCUGCUGCAGAAGGACCCGGUGGCCGUGGCUGUGGCCCCACGCCCCACCGAGCAGCCCCCACCUGAUCCCACCACCUUUGACGACUUCGACUGCGACCUCACUGCCAGCCCCCCGAACCGGCCGUGGCCUGGCUGAGCCUCCACUGGAGGAACACCCGCACCACUCAGGGACAAACCCCCCCCCGCCCUCUGUACCUCUCCCCACAGGAGCAAUAAACCCAGACCCCACGGUAA